CCUUACCAUCGCAGAUCUAGGGUUUGAUUUUAUUUUUGAUGUUGUAGGAUUUUGAUAAAAUCAUUUUAGGGUUUUACUCUUUUUCUACAUUUAAAGCAGAUAUGAGCUCUAAGUUGUGUUUAAUUCUACACUUUUGUUGCUCCAAGUGGUAAAUUCGAUCAUUGUGUACAUUAUGACUCAUGAUUUGUAUUAUGCUUCAUUGUUCCAUACAAUAAAUAAAAUGGAGAGUACAAUUCUGAUUCGAUUAUGGGAUAUAUUUAGAAGUUCUGCUAAAUGCCAGUCAGGCACUUCGCCUCUCUCUCUCUCUCUCUGUACUCUGCUCUUCUGAGAUCUAAUUUACCUUAAAAUAUUGCUUGUCAAUGGUGAUUUGAUACAUACUAUUUCUAUAUAUAUAUAUAUAUAUAUCUGUAGUUUGGUGGUUACACUGGCUCUGAAGAUAUACAUAAACACGUAAUCACAAGCCCCUGAUUUUUUCUCCUUCUGUUGAUCAAUCUCAAACUGUUGAAAUAAAGGUGUUGUGAUUGGAGAAAAGAAAGAGAGAAGAUGACUGAGAGCAAGUGGUUUCAGCUCGGGACCAUUGGCACGCUGAGUCUAUCAGUGGUUUCGUCAGUUUCAAUUGUGAUCUGCAAUAAGGCCCUUAUUACUACAUUAGGUUUUAAUUUUGGUGCUGAGUGGUGGUCUCAACAAUUUGGAAAGUCUCUUCCUUUUUUGAGUUGGGUUCUAGUGAUAAAUGUUGGUGAAUUAUUUGGUCAUGUACGGAAGAUGCAAACUUGGGCUGACCUGAAGAUUGUCAAGCAACUCAUAGAUGCAAACUUAUAUGCAUUACUUGGGAAAAAGACUGUAACAGAUGAUGAAAAGCCUAUUAAAAAAAAGAAGGAGAAGCCUGUUAAGGUUGAGGCUGUGAUGAGGAUACAAUUCCCUGAUAAUUGCACAUUAGAGGGCACUUUUUAUCCAUCAGAGACAAUACGGAGCUUAAAUGAUCUUAAGAGACAAUCCCACACAUGUAAGGCCUUUUGGUGUUUCACUGCUAGUUGCUGGCCAACCAUAUCAGGUCGAACUUACUCAGAAUGGGUAAUAGAUAGAGAGUAUGAUUGGCCUCGUAAAUUCUGCAUAUGUCAUGCUAUGAUUGAAGAGGGGACCGAUCCUCAAACUACUCGAUUGGGUUGCUUGCGUAUGCGAUCAUGCUGCAUAUUGUCAACUUCAUACAUGCAAUUUUUUUCUUUACAUGCAAGUUGGCUGAACUUAUACCGAAUAACUUAUUUCCUCUUAUUUGUUUUGUAUGAAACUAUUAUUGUAAGUUGGAAUAUACUUGGUUUGUAUGCAAUGUUGACAUUAAAAUUAUUCUCUUGUUUGGAUGGUUGUAAGUGAAAUAGAUGUAGAUUGUGGAA